AUGGGAUUGCUUCCAGCCCGGAAAGCCGUAGCGCUCCAAAUCAGCGCCGGCCAAGCCAUCAAAAUAAUCAAUACACAUGGAAAACAAGUCGUCGACUUCUGGGCAUUCAAUCCCAGCGAUCCUCGCGACUUUUUGUCCAUGGUCCACACGCGAACAGUCCUUCGCAAGGUUGCCGUGCGCCUAGGCGAUUCCUUGUAUAGUACUCGUCGUAAGCCCAUGCUUACCAUCGAAGAGGACACCACCAAGGGAGUCCAUGAUAUUAUCUGGUCAACAUGCGAUGCUGAAAGAUAUCGCAUGCAGGGUGUUCAGGGCUACCACGAUAAUUGCAGUGAGAACAUGCAUACUGCCUUAAAGACUGGAUUCCCGGAUUGGGCGGGCAUCCCAGAUAAUUGGGUUCCUGACCCAUUCAAUACUUUUAUGAAUGUCGCUAUUGAUCACCAUGGUGGUCUAGAUAUCAGAGAACCCACUAGUGAAAAGGGUCAGUACAUCGUUCUACGAAGCAACGCGGAUUUGAUUUUGGUGAUGAGCUCUUGUCCGCAAGAUAUUGAAGCGGUCAACGGAGGAAUGCCGACAGAUUGUGAAUAUGAGAUUCUCGACACACUAUCAAAGGAAGACAGUAAAGAGGAUCAGGUCGCAAUAAUUCCAGCUCCUACCAAGACUUUGUCAACCCGACCUCAACGCCGUAUAAAGGUGGCUCUGUCAUUCGACUUUGACGCCGUCUCACAUUGGCUCGGAACUGGUUGCCAUCCCGACAACAAUAUGGCAGACUACAGUUCUGGAGUAUUCGCAGGCCAAAUUGGCGCAAUUCGCCUUUUGAAUAUGUUAAAGAAAUUUGACAUUGCCGAUAAGGUAACCUGGUUCGUUCCUGGACAUACAAUGGAGACAUUCCCGGAAACAGUGCAGCAGGUUGUGAAAUCCGGCGCUGAGAUUGGAUUGCACGGAUACGCACAUGAAGGCAUCUAUCAAAUGACUGUAGACCAAGAGCGAGAUGUACUAGAAAAGUGCAUUGAAGUCGCCACCAAAUUAUGUGGGAAGGCACCAAGAGGGUAUCGUGCACCUAUGUACACAAUCCGCGAAACAACUGUGGAAAUGCUGCGUAAGCACAAGUUUCUAUACGAUACUUCACUGAUGCACCACGACUCUCAGCCAUACUGGACGCCGAGUGAUCCACCAAUCCAGCACAUUGAUUUUACCAAGGACGCCUCGUCUUGGCUACACCCUUCUCCAAUUGCUGCACAGACAAAACCUGCCGAAGGGCAACAUCCUCUCGUGGAGAUUCCCUGCGGUUGGUAUAAUGAAGAUAUGAUGCCUUUACAAUAUCUGCCACAUCUAGCCAACAGCAACGGAUAUGUCAGCACACGAGUAGUUGAAGAGAUGUGGAAGGACAAGUUCCUCUGGCUAUGGGAAAAUGCUAAAGGAGAGGAAGGUAAUUCUACUACUGACUUUGUCUUCCCUAUCCUCAUGCAUCCUGAUACGAGCGGAAUGGCACAUAUUAUUGGUAUGUCUGAGCGGAUUAUAAAAUGGUUGAAGAGCUGGGGAGACAGUGUCGAGUUUCAUAAGCAUGAGGAUAUUGCGCAAGAAUGGUUGGCAGACCAGAAGUAG